AUGGGGAAACUUAUUCGGCUGGAGCUUUUCAAUUUCAAGUCUUACAAGGGUCAUCAUACUCUUCUGUUCGGAGAUGCAUACUUCACAUCCAUCAUCGGGCCUAACGGGUCUGGCAAGUCAAAUUCGAUGGACGCCAUCUCGUUCGUGCUAGGAAUUAAGUCGUCUCACCUGCGCUCUACUAACCUUCGCGAUCUUGUUUACCGUGGCCGCGUCCUGCGCACUUCGAAGGUCGAUGGAGAACCCGCCACCAACGGAGAUGAUGGGGAAGAGGAGGAGGAUGCGGACAAUAUGGACGAAUCGCAUGAUGCAGGCGGCGUGAAUGAUCCAAAGACCGCCUGGGUCAUGGCCGUGUACGAAGAUGAUGCGGGUGAGGAGCAGCAAUGGCGCCGAUCCAUCACUAGCCAAGGUGCCAGCGAGUACCGCAUCAACAACCGAAUCGUGACCGCUCAACAGUACAACGAAGCUCUGGAGGAAGAGAAUAUUUUGAUUCGAGCGCGCAACUUCCUGGUGUUCCAGGGUGAUGUUGAGGCGAUUGCCUCGCAGUCCCCCAGGGACCUUACUCGUCUCAUCGAGCAGAUCUCCGGCAGUCUGGAAUACAAGGCUGACUACGAGAAGUUGAAGGCGGAGGCGGAGGAGGCUGCAGAACAUCAAACCGUUCAGCUCAACCGCCGACGAGGAAUCAACUCCGAGGUCAAGCAGUACCAGGAGCAGAAGCGUGAAGCAGAUGACUACGCGAAGAAGGCUGAGGAGCGUGACCAGGCUAUAAUCACCCACAUCCUGUGGAAACUUUUCCAUUUCCAGCGUUUGAUCGAUGCAUCCAGUGCCGACAUUCAGAAAUACCAGGAUGAGCUUAAAGAAUACCGCCGUGGCGUGGAGAAGUACGAAAACAACGUCGAGAACGCCAAGAAGGAACAUGCCCGCGUCGGCAGAGAUGUCGGAAAAGCUGAAAAGAACAUUCUGAAGAAAGAGAAGGAUAUCGAGGAGCUCAACAACUCCCUGGUACCCAUUGACGAGAAAGUCGACAUCACCCAGAGGAAGGUGGAGCGCUAUUCCUCGAAGAUCUCGGAGAUCGGCAAAGAGCGCACGGCCCAGUCGAACAAUGCUAAGCAGCUCGAAAAAGACCUGAAGCUCGUUGAGAAGGCCCAGGGUCAAUGGGAAGCCGAAUGGCAGAAAACAAUGAGCAAGAAGGGUGGACAGCUGAGUGAAGCCGAUCAACAAGAAUAUCACAAGUUGAGAGAAGAGGUUAGCAAGCGCUCGUCUGCGGAUCAACUUAAUCUCGACAACCUUCGCCGGCAAAGGAAGACCGAGGCCGAGGCCGUGAACAGUCUAAAAGGCAAGUUCGAGAACACCGAAUGGCAACUGAAGAACCUCGAAUCAGAGGCAUCGAAUAUGAAUCAGCGCAAAUCAACCCUCAAUGACACCAUCAAGACCACCUCUAAGGAUAUCGACCGCAAGAAGAAAGAAUUGAACGCAUUGACUUCGGAGCGCCUGAAGAUUUCCCAAAUGCGGACGGAGUUCGAAGAGAAGCUUCAGGUUGUUUUGAGGAAACUGCUGGAGGCCGACGAUGGCAAAAAGCAGAAUGAGCGGGAGUUGCGCGCCAAGGAGUUGAUCUCGACCUUGAAGCGCAUCUUCCCUGGAGUCAAGGGUCGUGUCAGUGACCUUUGUCGGCCGAAGCAGAGGAAAUAUGCCGAAGCUGUCAGCACUGUCUUGGGCCGCCACUUCGACGCCAUCGUGGUGGAUAACGAAAAGACCGCCAAGGAGUGUAUUCAGCAUCUGCGUGACCAGCGCGCCGGUCAAGCCACUUUCAUUCCCCUGGAAACGAUCCAGGUCAAGGCCUUCAACUCGAAUUUGAAAGGUAUGCACCGGGGCAUGCGCCCUGCUAUUGAGACCAUCGAUUAUGAUGACUCUGUCGCACGAGCCAUCAGCUACGCCUGCGGCAACUCCAUCGUCUGCGACGAUCUCUCAACGGCCAAGUAUCUGUGCUAUGAGCGAAAUGUCGAUGCUAAAGCCGUUACCUUGGAUGGCACUGUGAUUCACAAAGGCGGUCUUAUGACUGGAGGACGGGGCCCUCAGCAGAACUCCUCCAAGCGGUGGGAGGACUCUGAAGUGGAAAACCUCCAUAAGUUGAAAGAUAAGCUGAUGGCUGACCUUGCCAACCUACCCAAGAGCCAUCGCCGAGGCUCAGAGGAGGAAACUCUCCAGGGAGAACUGGUUGGUCUCGAGCAGCGGCUGAAUUAUGCCAAAGAAGAGCUGAAGGCGAUUGAGAGGAAUAUCCAAAGCAAGCGUAGCGAACUGGACUUUGUCAAGAAUCAGCUGGAAGACCUGCGACCCAAGUUCACUGAGCGGAAGGAGAACCUCGACGAGCUGGAUGAGACUAUCGAGAACUCGCAAGCAUCGGUGAGCACAGUCGAAGAUGAGAUAUACCGCACUUUCUGCCAGCGUUUGGGAUACGAAAACAUUCGUGAAUAUGAGGCCCAGCAGGGCUCGCUGCAGGAGGAAGCUUCGCAGAAGAAGCUUGAGUUCACAACGCAAAAGAGCCGCAUUGAGAACCAGCUGAGUUUCGAAAUGCAACGAAUCCAAGCUACAGAUGACCGGAUUAAUGGCCUCAAAGCUCAGUAUGAGCGUGACAUGAGCCUAGUCGAAGAGCUCAAGGGCCAACAGGAGGAGAUUCGCAACAGUCUGGAUGAGUCUAGUGCUGAGCUCGACCUCUUGCGCGAGUACUUAGAGGAGCAGAAGGAUAUUUAUGCGCAGUCGGCAGAGAACCUGGCCGAGCAGCGGAGGGAGCUCCAGAAGCGCAGCAAGCACGUUGAAGGAGCUCUUAAGAACAUCAAUGCGCUUGAAGCUGAAAUCCAACGGAACUCGUCCAGUCGCUAUGCUCUUUUGCGACGAUGCAAACUCGAAGAUAUUGACAUUCCGCUGACUGACUCUUCCAACGGCCUUGACAAGCUUCCUAUCGAUGAUCUGGUGCAGGCCACGGAUCCAGAUGCUAUGGACGUGGAUGAGGUCGAUGGCAUGGACGAAACCCCUGUUGUACAAGACUACGGAAUUGAAGUUGAUUUUGAUUCACUCGGCGAAUCGCUCAAAGAGGGGACGGAUGAGAAGCUCGAAGAGGAGCUGCUUGAGAAGGUUCGUACUCUCAACAGUGAAUUAGACAAGAUGGCGCCGAAUACUCGAGCCAUGGAACGUCUGGAGAGUGUCGAAAACAAGCUCCGUAGCACCGAGAAAGACUUCGAGGAUGCGCGCAAGUACGCUCGUAAGGCCAAGGAUGAUUUCGAGGGCAUUAUGAAAAAGCGAUCCGAUCUCUUCAACAAGGCCUUCACGCACAUCUCCGAGCAGAUUGGCCCCAUCUAUCGCGAGUUAACACGAAGUACCAACUACCCACUAGGUGGACAAGCGUACCUGGACAUUGAGGACUCAGAUGAACCGUACCUUGAUGGCAUCAAGUACCAUGCCAUGCCGCCGCUCAAGCGUUUCCGUGACAUGGAGCACUUAUCAGGUGGUGAGAAGACCAUGGCCGCCCUCGCUCUGCUGUUUGCCAUUCACUCCUACCACCCUUCACCGUUCUUUGUGUUGGACGAGGUUGAUGCUGCCCUUGAUAACACCAACGUGGCUCGCAUUGCCAACUAUAUUCACGAUCACGCCGCUCCUGGUAUGCAAUUCAUUGUGAUCAGUUUGAAGACUGGACUGUUCCAGAACAGCGAGGCUUUGGUUGGGAUCUAUCGAGACCAGGUGGAGAACAGCAGCAAGUCUUUGACCCUCGAUCUCCGCAAAUACACUUGA